CAGAGCUAAAGAGGAGAAUUGUAAAGCUUUCUAUCUCGGGUGAGUUUUGGAUUAGCAACCUGCUUAAGCAAGUGAGCCUCACUGGGAAAAGAGGGAGAGAGUAAUGGAGUAGCAGAAAGAAAUUCCUCUCUUUAUUGCUUAAUUUCUAAUUUCAGGCUCAUUGACUUCUGUUGAUGCCAUUUCUUUUAGUAAAGGUUUCCAGAAAGAGAGAUGCUUCUCACAAGCUAAAACACAGAAGAUAUAUACACUCGUAGAGGAAGGGGAAUAUAGAGAGAGAGCGUGCUAUGGGGAGACCUCAUUGCUGUGACAAAGUUGAUAUCAAGAAAGGUCCAUGGACCCCUGAAGAAGACAUAAUUUUAGUCACCUACGUCCAAGAACAUGGUCCUGGAAAUUGGAGAUCCGUGCCUACCAACACUGGGCUGCUAAGGUGCAGUAAAAGUUGCAGACUGCGGUGGACUAAUUACCUGCGGCCAGGAAUCAAGAGAGGCAAUUUUACCCCACACGAAGAAGGAAUGAUCAUCCAUCUCCAAUCUUUACUUGGUAACAAAUGGGCAGCCAUAGCUUCAUACCUUCCGCAAAGGACAGAUAAUGAUAUAAAGAAUUAUUGGAAUACACACUUGAAGAAGAAGAUCAAGCAGACAGCUUCUUCAGAAGAUCACGUUCCCCACAUACUAGCAUCAUCAGAUCAGUCCAGGAAAAGGAAAAUAUCUGAUAUAGCCACAAGAGAUCUUGCCCCAACAGAUCCUACUUUCCAUAAUAACUGUUCCAGUUCAAACAUCUACGCCUCGAGCACAGAGAAUAUCUCAAGGCUCCUUCCUGGUUGGAUGGGAUCUUCCAUGAAAACAACAGUUGAUACUAAUGAUGUCGAUGCUUUUUCCAGUGGUGGCUCCAAUGGAAAGAUAAUUGGAGACUCUUUUACAACAGUUCCUCCACGUGACAAUCGUCCCAAGGCUGAGCAACCAGAAGGUAUAGAAUUAAUGUCUAAUGAAGUGUCUGAAUCCAUAUUAUCAUUUGAUAAAUUAAAUGCCACCAUUGGCAAUUGGGAUUACAAGAACCCUUCUAACAAAGAUUCAGAUAACGAUGCUGAUGCCAAUAUGAAAGAUGAUUAUGACGCGCAUAUGAGAAAACCAAGGCCAGCCGAUGAGCAUAAGAACAAUCACCCUCCACUGUCGUUUCUGGAGAAUUGGCUUUUGGAUGAAGCCUCUCCUGCUCAAGUGGGAGAAAUGAUGGAACUUCCCUCCAUUUUCUGAUGAAUUUGUAGAAUCCAUGUACUCUACUCUUUAAUUAUUCUGCAGAGUAAUCUUUGUUUGCUUGGUUCUAAAAAUUGGAAUCUAUUGGCAAAUUGUAACUUGGCAAUAAUAAAACAUAAUCUUAAUGAAAUUUUCUCAAGACUGUUAGAGCUCUUGAUACAUCUAUUGUUCUUAUUCUUGUUAUAAGGCCUUGGCAUUAUAACUCUACAGGUCUUUCAUAUAUGUAAAUCAUUGGACCUUGAAUUAAUGCUUUCA